UAAUUCAAGAGGGAUUUCGUUCUAGAGAGACUGCAAAGAGCAAAAGACAGCUUUUGUCGCGGGUGCUUUAUAUGAUCGAUAUCACGGCUAAAUUAGUCAAAGGACCUGCAUAUUUUUCCGGCGAGUUGAUCGAGUGCUGCAUCACCUUCGGUAACCCUACAAACCCUAAUCAUCAGAUAUCCCAGAGCCACAGUGACGUGUUUGAAAGUCUAGCAUGGGCGAGCGCACAGGUACAUUGCCAAUGCUCUACAAACGGUAAAGCGGUGCUGUCAGAAAAACUAAAUUCUACCCAAUCAGCAGCUAUAAAUGCAGACACUACAUUUGCUCCUUGGCAGCAGGACAAUGGACACGUUGUUUUGAAUACAAAACCAAAGAUAUUGUUCUGUGAUCUCAGACUAUCGCCAGGGGAAAGCGAGACUUAUGUAUACCGGGAGAGAAUUCCGAGCGAUGCUCCACCCUCUUACAGAGGCCAGGCAGUUAAAUAUUCCUAUAAAAUUACAAUCGGCACACAGCGGGUGAAUUCUGCCAUAAAACUACUACGAGUUCCGUUUAGAGUCCUUUCGUUGAGCGAACUACCUGAUAUUGCACCGUGCAACGACAGCGUCGAUCUCAGUCCCAAUAACCCAUUUAUGGAAACACAGCAGAGGGACACACCGUUAGAUGUGGCCAUGCAAACUUUACAGAACAUCACGGCACGUCGCAGUCCCAAUUUCUAUAAUGUAACAAACAGUCGUGGUCGUGUCGUUAGAUUUUGCUUGUUCAAGAAUUCCUACAAACUCGGGGAGGACAUAGUAGGAACUUUUGACUUCUCAAGAGCCACCGUGUCCUGCGCCCAGGUUUCUGUGGCUCUACAGUCCGAAGAACAUGUCGCCGAAGGUUACAGACGUGCGCGAACCUCGCCUGCGCUCGUUAGCUACAACAAACAUCACGAGGUCUGCUUGGGACUGAAAUACUCACAGCUGGUGUUACCCAUUCCUCUUCACGUCACCCCUGAUUUCACCACAGACUUGGUCACGCUCAAGUGGAGGCUACACUUUGAAUUUGUUACCACUGCUAAACCUGUCGAAAUGCCCGACGAGAAGUCCAGCGACUGGCGAGGUCCGUCAAUCCUUGACAUUGAAACUAUGAUCUGGGAUUUGCCUCUGAGACUACACCCUACUACUACACCUCCCAAUGCGGCUCAACAAACGAAAUAUCAUAUCACCAUAUAAAUAUUGCAGGAGUGAAUCAUUGAGUGUACCUACCGUUUUUCGUUAGUUUGUGUAUUUUGUUAAUCAAACUAUACUUUAUAACUAUUAUUAUACGCUUAAAAUAUGAAUUACACAUGCUAU